AUGUCCAACAUCACCACAUCAAGACAAUUGACCAGAGCCACCAAAUAUAGGCUCAACAAUGGCCAGCAUAUCCCUGUGGCCGCUUAUGGUGUCUAUGCCAUCCCUCCAGCUGAAACCCACGAUUUGGUGUAUGAAGCCUUGGUUCAGGGAUACCGUCAUAUUGACUCUGCUGUCGCUUACGGUAAUGAAAAAGAAGCUGCUCAAGCAAUUGCCAAGUUUUUGAAAGACAGCGAUGGUAAGGUGCAAAGAGGCGAUAUCUGGUUCACCACCAAGAUCUGGAAUGCAGACCAUGGCUAUGAAGAAACCAAGGCUGCUGUUGAGGCAAUUGCCGGAAGAGUGAAAGAGUAUCUUGGAUACGUUGAUAUGGUGUUGAUUCACUCGCCCAAGACCAACAAGGAAAAGAGAAUUGGUACCUGGAAGGCUCUUCAAGAAUUCCAGCACGAUCCCACCAAUAAGGUUCUCCAAAUCAACACAAUUGGUGUUUCCAACUACGGAAAACGCCACAUUGAGGAGCUUUUGAACUGGGACGGUUUGGUUGUGCAGCCUGCUGUGGACCAAUUGGAGUUGCACCCAUGGUUACCCCAGAUCGAAUUGAGAGAGUACCUUGCUUCCCACAAUAUCUUGGUUGAAGCUUACUCGCCUCUCACGCAGGGCUACAAAUUGCUGGACCCUGAGCUUCUAGAGUUGGAGCACCGUUACGGAGUGCCCAAGGCCGAGAUCUUGUUGAAAUGGUCUUUCCUCCAGGGUUUCAUUGUAUUGGCCAAGACGGCAAAGAAGGAGAGAAUUCCCGAGAAUUUGGCCGUUUUGCCAGACGCCAAGCCACCAGUGGACGCCUUGGACGACAACUCCCACAGCGGCAAGAUCGACUUGGAUAUCAAUAUCUUGGAGGCCUUGAACAAGCCUGAUUCUCACGAGGUGUUGACCUGGGGUAACGAGGACCCCACUCAGUACGAGGGUUAA